UCAUCAUUUUAAGACAAAUCGGGAAAUAUGUACUGCAACAAUAUACAUUGUUAAAGCGCAUUUAUCAAAAAAGCAUGUGCAGUACGGAAGGUGUUCGCGACAGUGAUGAGCGCGUUUGAGGCAGCAAUAUGAAAUCGCAUGAUGUGAGUUUCAAUAACAAUUAAAUACACAAAACCGGGAGGGGAGACGAGAUAGAGAACUGAUACUACAAAAGGACAGAACUACUUCUUUGGGCCAUUCACAGCUGAUGCUACUAUUAUAUCAUCCUACAAGAGAGGAACAAACUCCAGGUGUAACAAGUGAAAUAUAUGUACAAUCAUGUAUACUGUGGUAAAGACAGAGUUUGUUGAAGAGGAGAUUGAAGACAUGAGGGAUCCAGAACCAUCCAGAAUAAAACAUGAAGAUACUGAGGAACAAACAGACUUGACAUACGUGAAAGAAGAAAGUGAAGAACUGGAUGAGGUGGAGGAGAAACAUCAGAAUCAGGAUGCUUUCCUAACUGAAGAAACCUGUUCAGCGACUGAGAAGAAAACUCAAAGAACUGAAGCCAAAAACUCCUUCAUGUGUCCUCAGUGCGAAAAGAGUUUCACGCGGAGAGACAGCCUUAAGGAACACUUACGAAUUCACACGGGAGAGAAACCUUUCAGCUGCCAUCACUGCGGGAAGAGUUUCACACGUAAAGAGAGCCUGAAGUAUCACCUGCGGAUUCACACCGGAGAGAAACCAUACACCUGCCACCAGUGCGGAAAGAGCUUCACCUUCAAAAACAACCUCAAGGUUCACGUAAGAAUCCACUCCAGGGAGAAGCUGUUCAUCUGCCCUCAGUGCGGAAAGGGUUUAACGUGUAAAAAAGGCCUCAAGGAUCACAUAAGAGUUCACACCGGAGAGAAGCCUUUCAAAUGCCAUCACUGCGGAAAGGCCUUUAAAUGGGCGCACAGUCUCAAUAAUCAUCUGCACUCUCAUUCUGGGGUGAAGCCUUUUAAUUGCGUUCACUGCGGAGAAGGUUUUACGUCAUCAUCCAUCCUGAAAAACCACCUGAAGGUUCACACGAAUGAGAGGCCGUAUGUGUGCUCUUUGUGCGGAAAGAGUUUUGUAUGGCCGGGCAAUUUUAAAGAGCACCAGAAAAGACACAGCGGUGAGAGAGAUCACGUGUGCUUUGAGUGCGGCAAGACCUUCACCACAGCCAAACGACUGAAGGAGCACCAGAGGAUUCACACCGGAGAAAAACCCUACAAGUGCUCGCACUGUGACAAGAGCUUCACUCAGUCUGGAUCGCUGAAGGUUCACGAGCGAGUUCACACGGGAGAGAAGCCGUAUCACUGCCCUUCAUGCGGGAGGAGUUUCUCGCAGCUAACCAAUCUCAUUACUCAUAUUAAAAAACAUUGUAAGAAAUCGUCGCCGUGA